AUGGAGAACUCUAGCCACCUUUUUGUGUUUCUAAUAGCAAUUGCAAGCUUGAGUAGUACCAUUACCAUAAGCUUCUGCAAUGGAACUGUGAAUGUGUUUUGCAAAGAGAGUGAGAGACAGGCUCUUUUGAGCUUCAAGCAUGACCUGAAGGAUCCUAUGAACCGACUUUCAAGCUGGAAGGGUUCAGGAGAUUGUUGCAGCUGGACUGGUAUUUCUUGCGAUAACUUAACCGGUCAUGUUCGUGAGCUUCAUUUUGGAAAUCCCUUCAAAACCGUUUUUGCUGGUCAGUCUUAUCCUGCUCCCUUCGACAUUUUUCUUGAAGAACCUGAUUGGAGAUAUGCAUUGAGUGGUAAGAUAAAUCCUUCCUUGCUCCAUUUGAAUUAUCUCAAUCACUUAAAUCUAAGCUACAAUGACUUUGAAGGGAUUCCAAUACCUAGCUUCAUUGGUUCUUUGAAAAAUUUAACAUAUCUUGAUCUCUCACAUGCUGGAUUUGGAGGGGUAAUCCCAUAUCAAUUGGGAAAUCUCUCCAAUCUUCAUUAUCUCAAUCUCCGUUCCUAUUAUCGUACUACUAUGAAGGUUGAUAUCCUUCAGUGGGUCUCUGGCCUCGUUUCGUUGCAAUUCCUGGACAUGAGUCGAGUUCAUCUUAGCAAAGCAUAUGAUUGGGUGGAAGUGCUCAACAUGCUACCCUCUCUUAUGGAGUUGCGCUUGUCUAGCUGUGAACUUGGUCAUAGCUCUCCUCAUCUGUCCAUGAUAAACUUUACUUCACUUGCCAUCUUUGAUGUAUCUGACAACGAAAAAUUUGGCUUACCCAAGUGGCUAUUCAGUCUUACCAAUCUAGAUUCUCUCUAUUUAAGUUACACCUUUUUGGGAGGAUCAAUUCCUUACGGUCUUACCAACAUGACUCGUCUCAGAAUCCUUCAUUUAUCUAGUAAUUCGUUGAAUUCUACAAUCCCAGAAUGGUUGUGUGGUUUUGAUCGUCUUGAGUCUCUUGAUCUUAGUUUCAAUGGGUUGAAGGGUACUAUUCCAAGUGUCAUUGGAAACUUCACAUCCAUCAUCAGUCUUAACUUGGACGUGAAUCAAUUUGAAGGGAAAAUAAACCACUUGUUGCGAGAUCUUUGUAGAUUAAGGGAACUUUGGCGUGGUUCAAAUAACUUCAGUGGAACAAUGUUCGAGAGUUCUGAAAGAUUUCCUUGCGUUGCAAAUUCAUUGGAGGAGUUAAGGUUAAGUGAUAACCAACUCAAUGGUCAGUUAACAAACCAACUUGGAUUGUUUGAGAAAUUAAUCUCACUUGAAAUUGAUAACAAUUCAUUUUCUGGUUCCAUUCCACCGGGUAUUGGAAAAUUGUCCAACUUACAAUAUUUUGAUGCUUCUCGCAAUCAAUUAAAUGGAAGUCUUCCUGAAAGUUUUGGUCAACUUGCAAAAUUAGAAUGGUUAUAUAUAUCUCAUAAUUCAUUAGAGGGUGUGGUUUCUGAAAUUCACUUUUGUAAUCUUACAAGAUUGAAGACUUUUCUUGCAAGCGGAAACUCAUUGACUUUGAAGACAAGUCGGCAUUGGGUCCCACUUUUUCAACCAAGAAAUUUGGUGCUAAAUUCCUGGAAUUUAGGUCCAAACUUUCCCCACUGGAUUAGGUGGCAACGAAAUUUGCGGAGGUUAGAAAUUUCCAACACAAACAUUUCAGAUGCCAUUCCGUUUUGGUUUUGUAACAUUUCUUCUCGGUUAACAAAAUUAAAUCUUUCUCACAAUCAAUUUUAUGGGGAUUUUCCUUGUGCAGCUUAUCCACCGGAAAUAAUUGACCUACGUUUUAAUCAUUUCAAUGGCUCGAUGCCAACAAUCUCAUCGGUGACAAUGUUUCUAGAUUUUUCAAAUAAUUUAUUUUCAGGAUCAGUCUUUCACUUUUUCUGUCAACGGAAUAUUGAUAAAGUCAGUGUGGAAACAUUUACAUAUGUUUUCUUGCGGAACAAUUUACUCUCAGGAGCCAUUCCAGAGUAUUGGAAUAAAUGGAAAGAUUUGAAGGUUCUAAGCUUAGAAAACAAUAAUUUGUUUGGGAAUAUCCCUAGCUCCAUAGGAUAUUUGACUAAUCUCUGGUCACUGCACUUGCGCAAUAAUAGUCUUUAUGGAGGAUUACCUUUGUCCCUACAAAACUGUACAUAUUUGUUUACCCUUGACCUUGGUGAAAAUAAAUUUGUUGGAAAAAUACCUCAAUGGAUAGGGAGAAGUCUGUCAGGGUUAAUGGUUCUAAGUCUUCGUUCGAAUAAGUUUCAUGGCGAUAUUCCUUUGGAACUCUGCAAUCUUACACAGCUUCAAAUACUGGACCUUGCACAUAAUAAUCUCUCGGGAUCAAUACCAAAAUGUUUUUCCAAUUUGAGUUCUAUGAACACAAUGGAGCAUUUUAAAAUAUUUUUUCAUCCCCUUGGUGAUGUUCAUUAUGAUGCCUUUGAGUCGAUGGAAGAUGUGAUGCUAGUUACAAAGGGAACGAAAGCUGAGUAUAGCAACAUACUUCAUCUUGUGGCAAGUAUCGACCUUUCAGACAACAAUCUUUCAGGACACAUUCCUUCAGAAAUAACCAGACUAUUCUGCUUGCAAACACUCAAUUUAUCACAAAAUCAAUUGACAGGCAAAAUUCCUUCAGAAGUUGGUGAUAUGAGGUGGCUAGAAUCGCUAGAUUUGUCGAGAAACAAACUCUCAGGAGAAAUUCCUUCAAACAUCUCCAAUUUGACAUUUCUAAGUCACCUGAAUUUGUCUUUCAACAACUUGAGUGGUCACAUUCCAACAGGCACUCAAAUUCAAAGCUUGGAUGAAUCCAGCUUCAUUGGUAAUCAACUUUGUGGACCGCCACUUCAGAAAGGUUGCUCUCCGGCUGAGAACAUUACUCCACCUGGAGUUUUAGGUGGACAGGGUAAUUCGGGGGAAGUAAAUUAUCUACAUUUGAGCUUGGGGCUUGGAUUUGCCUUUGGAUUUUGGAGUGUGCUUGGUUCGUUGCUCAUCAACAUGCCUUGGACAACUGCUUUGUGUGGUUUGCUAGAUAGACUUGUUCUCAAGCUGUAUGGCAUCAUCUUCGAGUAUUUCUAG